CCAGUGAUAAGUUGGCAUGUGACUCGUUAUGUAAUUGUACACUAAUUUUAAUAUAUAUACAAAUAUAUCGAUAUAUAUAAUUUUUAAAUUAUAUCUACUACCUUGUCAAAUAGACAUGUCUUUUUGUUCGUGGUUUGGCGGUGAAAAAUAUAAAGAUCACUUCGAGAAAGGAGUGUAUUCAUGUUCCAACUGUGAGGCAGAAUUAUUUCACAGUUCUCAAAAGUAUGAGCACCAAACACCAUGGCCUGCAUUUUUUGAUCCUAUUACACCAGACUGUCUUUCUAAACGACAAGAAUCACCAGGGGCACUAAAGGUUUCCUGUGCAAAAUGUGGAAAUGGUCUUGGACAUGAAUUUUUGGGUGAUGGACCAAAGAAAGGCCAAAGUCGUUUCUGAAUAUUCAGUGCCUCUUUGAAAUUUGUACCUAAAUAGCAUAGAUUCAUAAUGUAAAGAUAAAAUUGGAUUUCCAGCAAGCAUAGAAUCAGGUUUAACAAAAAUUGGAUCAAAGGCAAUUUUGAGCUGUCUCUGGAACAUCAUGAUGGCAGGUAAUGAGUUAACAUUCAAGCAAUGACCAUGUAUGGAUAAACAACACAAUGACAUCAGUUAUGUUAACAACUGUAUAACAGAUAAGUGCCAUGGAAACAUCAAGAAGACAUCUGGUUAUGUUAACAACUGUAUAACAGAUGAAGUGCCAUGGAAACAUCAAGAAGACAUCUGGUUAUGUUAACAACUGUAUAACAGAUAAAGUGCCAUGGAAACAUCAAGAAGACAUCUGGUUAUGUUAACAAGUGUAUAACAGAUAAAGUGCAAUGGAAACAUCAAGAAGACAUCUGGUAAUGUUAACAACUGUAAUGUCAACAACUGUAUAACAGAUAAAGUGCCAUGGAAAUGUCAAGAAGACAUCUGGUUAUGUUAACAACUGUAUAACAGAUAAAGUGCCAUGGAAAUGUCAAGAAGACAUCUGGUUAUGUUAACAACUGUAUAACAGAUAAAGUGCAAUGGAAACAUCAAGAAGACAUCUGGUUAUGUUAACAACUGUAUAACAGAUAAAGUGCCAUGGAAAUGUCAAGAAUACAACUGGUUUUGAUCCGGGUUAGCAACUGUAUGAUAGAAAAUGUGUAAGGGAAACAACAAAGCGUCACACACAUGAAAUAUUCUGAGAAAAGAUAGCUAAGCUUGCUGGAAAUCUAAUAGGUGUUGUACAUUUGGCAUGAGUAAGAGUUAAUGACCCAUUCUGAUGGCAGAAUGAUGUUGAGGAGCAUAAACCCUCACAGUAGGAGGGCUCCUUGAUGGAAAAUAGCCAGUCAGAGUGAUGGUAAUUGCUUGUUAUGUUUCUUCGUACAACAAUACAAGUUAAUAUAGCAUGAAGUUUUUACAAAUAUACAUACAAUACUUUUAAUAAAAUACACAAUGUAUUAUAAAUAAAAUUAAUUUAAAGUUGUAUUAUGUCAAUUGUCUUAUAUUUGAUAAAUACUAAUAAUUGCUGUACAUUCUCUUUUUAAAUGAAAAUAAACAUCUUUUGAGUAAAUAAAGUUAAGAUAAGUUAUGUUUUAAUCUUUAAAAAAACUAUAGUUAACACAGUAUGAAUAGUGUCAUGAAAAAUCUGUGAUUCUUUUUCAAGAAAGGAGCGAGUUAAUAUUCAUUAAGAAUUUUGCAUUAAGAAUUGGACUGCAUAGAAAUGAUGGCUACUGGCAGGAAUGCUCUCUUAAGCUUUUUUAGAUCAUUAUUUUAGUAAGAUAAAGAUUUUAGACUAAAAUGGCAUGUACAUUAUAAAUCAGUUAAGUAUAACUAAAAAAUAUUUUGUAUUAAUAGAACAUUUAAUUGCCUUAGGUUUUUUCUUCAAGAAUUUGAAAUUGUAGUAUUCAAGCUGUGGUAUUGUCAAGUAAAGUGAAUAAAGUACUAUAUUAUGUGUAUGUAUAACAUUUUUUUGGUUAAAAACUUCAACCUGUAUUAAUUUAUCUAGUUUUAUUAUCCAGGCAAGCUUUUCUGUAAAUCUUCCAAAUAAGCUGAAAUCAUUAACCAAUAUUUUGACCUUAAGAAAGUCAUUGUAUGGGUAUUCAAGGAAAUUAAACUAAUUAAACUUUAAACCAUUAUAAAAGAUGGUUAUAUCU